AUGGAGAUGUAUACCAAGGGUUUCACAGGAUAUCAACCCAACAACAGGUUGGAUAUAUAUAUUGUCCCAUAUCAAGGUAGAAAGAACACGGAAAGAGAUGAAGGCGAAAGAAAGAAGAGAGGGAAAAAGAAGGGGAGGGCGAAGAUGAAGAAAUCGGAAGAAGUUGAGGAAGAGACGACGAGACGGAGGCUGAUGGAUGCCAAUCACGUGCUGCCAUUGCUUGCUCAAACGUCUCUCCUAAGCGCCAGGAGGAAACAAAUGUGCGAGUUUGUGAUAGCUGAAGUGGAACAACAACACCCGGCGCUUGUCAAGACGAGCAGUUGCGGGCCAUCAUUGGUUUGUUUCGUGGUCCAAGACAUGAUGCGGCGUCCUCUGCAGCGGGAUCACACCCAGGCCCGCAGAUUUCAGGGGUAUAUGUUGGGAAAUAUUGCUACCAUCAUCAUUGCUAUAGUAUCAUACCCUGAACCUAUCAUACCUACAGCUGGACAUUGCAGGGGCUUUAUGCAACCUUUGAUCAGUUGUUUUCUAUUAUCAAGAGCUGCCAAUGGCCUGCAAGCGCCUGGUUAUGUUGGAACCUAACAAAUAGUACGAGUUGAAGGACUUUUUGUGCUAGGACCUUCGAUGGGACCAAGUUGGAUGUUAGGGAUGCGGGCUAUUUCAACCACACAGCAGCAGGGUACUUCUUCCAACCGCCUACGGAGUACACAGGACAUCUAACCACUAUAUAUUUGAGGAUUAGGUCCAUAGUCCAUCUAUGAAUCACUCCUCCCGAGGCAGGCAGCCGGAUUCAAACUUUAGUCUCGCAGCCAUACUAGCUUCCGCAGAAAGCCAGUGCAUACGCUAUAAGUUUGUAGAGGUUUUGAUGGGGAAUCAAUUCAUUUCCACUGGGGAUGCCCUUAUUGCCUUGAGCCUUUUCUUAUUAGAGGCCAGGAAAUCUUCGAGAUCACAUAGAAGGACACACUGUAAGCUAUCUUACAUUGACAUUAGGGUCUAUGCAAUAUUGCUUGCGGCUAAAUUAAUAUAUUUACACAGGGAUUGGUAUAACGGAGGGAAGCGGCAGUUUUGUACUGAUGGGAAUUGCGGCCUUAUGAAGGAAAAAAAAUGUAAAAAUAAAAAUAAUAAAAUAAAAUAAAAAU